CCUUUUUUCGCUUGGAGAAAGCACAAUGACGUUAGACAUGAUCCUCGGGAGAGUAGCGUUUUGACACCUCUUCGUCAGUGUAUUGAGGUUUCCGGCCCCUCUUCUUGGAGUCAAGAUCGCCUACAUGACGCGGAUAUUGGCUUUCUCUAUCAAGCCCACGUAUCAUGCAUCGUUCUUGAAACGAUGAAACGAAUUGGAAGGUGUUCUCCUUCGCUGACGCGUUUUUUGAUAACGAACCAAGUUGUGACGCACUGGUCGAGUACGCAUCUGAAGAUCAAGAAGAUUUCCCACUGGACCCCGUAACCCUCGGAAGAGGUGCCUGCGAUCCACUGGUGUCGGAUCCUCGAUUAUACUUCUUCUGUACUCAGCAUUCGCACGCAGUCUAUCUUGGAAGAAUGGGAGAGUCUCAUGCUCCAUUUUGAAGUUCAAGUGACCAAGCUGGCAAGUCCAUUACAUACGCAUGAACAAAGUUACAAACUCAGAUUAUCCACUAAUAGUCUCCCAGCUUGCUCUCCAUAGAGAAAAGCUCGCAAGGCCUCAGACAGGAGAUAGUGCCACCGACCUCGAUUGGCCUCGUCACACUUGCAGUAUUCUCACCCAACUAUCCUCAACACUGGCUGCCACAUUAGACAACGUGCGAAAAUAUGAGCAGGUACCUGAACUUGGCCUCGAUGUAUCGGACGCUAGCGAUUCGCUAUUUUACAAGAAGAUUCGAAUGGAUUUGAGGAGGACGUGCGACGGGCUGAGCGAUUGUCAACGCUCUCUAUGCGCCUUACGAGAAAUACUGAUUCUAGAACAAGGCCAUAACAACCGAUCUCUACAUCUCGCACGUGGUCAAGCUACGGAAGUCAGAAUACUUUCUUGGGUGACUCUAAUGUCUCAACCAUUGGUAACGGCUGCGGCCAUAUUUGGCUGUGGUGAUAUCGUACUUGCACUUCCUCGAAUGCCUCCCCCAGUUCUUUUCUUGUCCUUGCUGUUGUGCACCGGUGUAGUAGCUGCGGGUAUUAUUUUCAUGGCUUCACAGAGAGCUACGAAAAGUUUAGCCGAAUGGGGGGUUUCUCGGCCGCUUGUUGCCGACAUGGGACCGCAAAGGGACAGGGAUGAAAGCAAGAACCUCCGUCGCUCGCCUAACUUCUCGCGGCUGUUGGGGGCACCUGCUCUUGGGCGCUCAGAUAUGCUGGCAUUUCCUCCCCGUCGCAAGAUUCAAUAGCAACGAUCUCAAGCCCAGCAAAGACCUGAAUGACUCAUUGACAGCAUAGUGCAUCACUUGGUUUGAGAAAGAGAACGGGCUCGUAUAGUCUGUAAAAAGUCUGGAUACCCGCUCAAAGUCUGAGUCUUGCGCGAUCAUGACACAAGGAAAUAAAUGCUUCAAAUGACCACUACCUUAAAAUCCACAUGCAAUAGACUUUUGAACACAAGAUCAGCACAAAGACCUCUC